CGUUUUUGUAAAGGCUUCCUGUUUAUUUAGUAAGCAUGUUGUAUCAGGGAAGCACAAGCCAGCCUAUAUCUGGGUUCAAUAUAAGGUAGCCUUUGUGGGUGAGUUUUGCAGUUUCCAUGUGUUGUUGUUGUUUUUGGCAUGUGAAGAACAAAUUACGUCUGGACUGAGCGAACCGUGUCGAUCAUGUCGGAGUUCACUGAAAAGGAGCAACACCCGAUCAGACUCAGAUCUAUAAAAAACGAAAAGAUAUUUACAGUCCCCGAGCAGGAUCGGCUCGGGAACUGCAGGAGCGUAAAAGAGUUUGAGAAGCUGAACCGAAUCGGAGAAGGGACCUAUGGAAUCGUCUAUCGAGCCCGGGACACAAAAAGUGAUGAGAUUGUUGCACUAAAGAAAGUGCGAAUGGACAAGGAGAAAGAUGGACUCCCCAUCAGCAGUCUCAGAGAGAUAAACCUGCUGCUCAAACUGAGGCACCCCAAUAUUGUGGAGCUGAAGGAGGUGGUAGUAGGAAGUCACCUGGAAAGUAUUUUUCUGGUGAUGGGAUACUGUGAACAAGACCUUGCCAGCCUUUUAGAAAAUAUGCAGUCACCAUUCUCAGAGGCUCAGGUGAAGUGUAUCAUUCUGCAGCUUUUAAAGGGACUCCAUUACCUUCAUGAAAACUUCAUUGUGCACAGGGAUCUUAAAGUGUCCAACUUGCUAAUGACUGACAAAGGCUGUGUAAAGAUCGCUGAUUUCGGACUGGCCAGAGCCUACGGUGUGCCUCUGAAACCGAUGACCCCGAAGGUGGUUACAUUGUGGUAUAGAGCCCCUGAACUUCUGUUGGGAACAAAAACACAAACCACUGCUAUCGAUAUGUGGGCAGUGGGAUGCAUCCUGGCUGAAUUACUGGCCCAUAAGCCUUUGCUUCCUGGAGGUUCAGAACUUCAGCAGAUUGACCUAAUAAUUCAAUUGCUGGGGGCACCCAAUGAGAACAUAUGGCCAGGCUUCUCCAAGCUCCCACUGGCUGGUCAAUACUCACUGAGGAAACAACCCUACAACAACCUCAAAAACAAAUUCACCUGGCUCUCUGAGGCGGGACUCCGGCUGCUCAAUUUCCUCUUUAUGUACAACCCCAAGCGGAGGGCCACUGCAGAGGACAGUUUAGAGAGUUCCUACUUCAAAGAAAAGCCCCUGCCCUGUGAACCAGAACUGAUGCCUACCUUCCCUCACCACCGGAACAAGCGAGCUGCAGGGGGCUCCGAGAUCCAAUCAAAACGCAUCAAGGUUUGAUUUAAUUGUGUUCUGUGAAAUCUAAAACCUGGUCGAAGGAAUUGUUGAGGUUACUGGACACCCCAACAAACUUACAUUUUCAAAACAUCAGAAAGAAAUCUACUGUAUAGGGAUACCAUAAAAACACAAAAUCAGCGAUACAUUCCAAGAAUCAACUUUAUUGAGCUUGCUAUAGUAUUACUUACACAGUGUCAUAAAUGUAACUGAAACAAAAAUUACAAAGUAGCAAAUACAGUAUGCAUGUACUGUAUUGAAUAUUGCUAGAAGUAUAUUUUUGAAUAUUUACUUUGGGUCUUGUCAAUAAAAGCAAUUUUUAGACAAAA